AACAACUAGUGAACCUUCCGUGUAAAUACCGUUUCAUCGUUAGCUCCCAAGUUUUUUGGACUCCAAACGGUGGCAAACGACCGCCGAGGCCGAGCAAGUCACUGAAAAGAUACAAGACGCUAGUACUGUUUCAUCAAAAUUCCCAAAACAUCACCAAAUUUCCCUUAUUAUUUGUCCAAACAAAAAACAAAUGUCACAAUCACAGCCACAGUCAAAAUCAAAGUCGGAGCAGUGGCAAUGGGAGAACGCCACUGCCGGAGCCGCUGCCGGAUUCGCCACCGUCGCCGCCAUGCACCCCCUCGACGUCGUCCGUACUAGGUUUCAAGUUAACGAUGGACGAGUUUUGACUCUUCCAAGUUACAAGAACACAGCUCACGCUAUUUUCACCAUUGCUCGCUUGGAGGGUCUCAGAGGGCUUUAUGCAGGCUUCACUCCUGCAGUUAUUGGGUCAACUGUUUCAUGGGGUUUAUAUUUCUUCUUCUAUGAUAGAGCAAAACAAAGGCAUUCUAAAAACAAUGAAGGGAAGCUUAGUCCUGGUCUUCAUCUUGCUUCUGCUGCAGAAGCUGGAGCUUUGGUUUGUUUGUGCACAAAUCCUAUUUGGCUUGUAAAAACAAGAUUGCAGCUGCAGACACCUCUUCAUCAAACUCAACCAUAUUCUGGGCUUUAUGAUGCCUUAAGAACCAUAAUGAGAGAGGAAGGCUGGAGCGCACUUUAUAGAGGGAUCAUUCCUGGUCUUUUUCUGGUGUUUGUGCUGCUUCAGCAGGUUUCUCAUGGUGCUAUUCAGUUUACUGCGUAUGAGGAACUUCGUAAGGGUAUUAUUGACUUCAAGUCUAAAGACAGAAAAAAGGAUUCUGAAAGUGAUGAUAAACUCUUGAAUUCAAUGGAUUAUGCUGUUCUGGGUGCAUCCUCAAAAAUUGCUGCCGUUCUUCUGACAUAUCCAUUCCAGGUUGUACGAGCUCGAUUGCAGCAAAGACCUAGUAGUGAUGGAAUUCCAAGAUACAUGGAUAGCUGGCAUGUUGUGAAGGAAACUGCACGGUUCGAGGGUGUUCGAGGUUUUUACAAGGGCAUUACACCAAACCUCCUGAAGAAUGUUCCUGCAGCUUCAAUAACAUUUAUUGUGUAUGAAAAUGUCCUAAAGUUGCUAAAAAUGGCAAGAAGGAAGGACUGAAUUUCUUUUUGUUCUAGGUUUCUUUUAGAUUCUUUGUUACAGGCUUACAGCCUACUUUGAUCUGAGGGUGAAAUUGAGGAAAUAAAAAGUUUUGGUAUAUACAGUAGUCUUAGUAAAUAAUUUUUCCCUCGCAUUGAAUGUUGAAUUGGCUAGAGACAUCUUGAUUGCUUAAUGGAUGCAUUAUAUGGACACUA